AAAUCUAUCAGUUGGGUAUCAAACAACAAAAAUAAUGACCCAAUUGGUAGGUCUGUCGAAAAGCCAGUUAUGCAACCAAUUGAUACAACAAUUAUCAGAUAUGUUAGUAGUAGUCGACCAUCAAAUCCAAACAGUGAGACUCGUAAGCGAUGAGAAAAAAGAAAUAAGCGAUCAGUUCGUCACUUUGAUGGUUAAAAUCUACAAUAAAAAGCAGUCAAACAAUACAUCUACAGUCGUUGAAGAGGAAAAAUAUGACCAACCGAUCCACACAAACGAAUGGGCCAUUGAAUACAGGGAAUUGAAUGUCCAAUCCAGACAACUAACCCACGAUAUGGCCGAUGAUUUUGUUGAAUACAUAAAACAUAUCAAAUCUAUUCUCAAUAUUUUCAAAAAACAUAUCAAAACUAUUGAAAAACUAGAAGAUUUAGUGAUUGAAUGGAAAAAGAUCGGAGAAUCUGAUCGGAAUGAGGAAGACGUCAAAGAGAAAUGGGAUGAACUGAUUGAUAGUAUCAUUAAACAGAUCAAUGAGUUGCAGGAAGUCAUCGACAAAAUUGCCAAAGAUAUUGAAAAUCAACGAGAGUUUAGUCAUAUGUUUGGCGAUAUUGUUGUUAAAAAUACAUAA